AUGAGUCUGUUGCAAGACGUCCUCCGCACGCAAACUCUCGAUUCCCUUGACAAAGCACUCGGCAGCGGGCGCACCUCCCCCGACGACGAUUAUGAAUUGAUCAAUGUGGUAUCCCUCCCUGGGAGCCCCGGGAGGUCUCGUCCCGCUUCCCGCCCUACUUCCCGCCCCCACUCCCCCACACGCAACGGCUUCAGUGGCCUCAGCCGCUCGAGCCCUCUGCAAAUUGCUCGGGGCCCCACAAGAGAUCCGCUCCGAGCACUGCCCACCGAUGUUGCCCAGCGCAUCUUCUCCCAGCUGUCGAUUAGGGAACUUUCACGUUGCUCAAGGGUGUCCAAGAAGUGGAGCAAGAGUCAGACGUUGAACUAUGUCUGGUUCCAGCACUACCGGAAGGAGAACUUCCACGACGAUAGUCUCCCGCCGGGCAAGUGGACAAAGCGUGAGUCGAAGCAGAACUGGCGUACUACCUACCUUAACGCCAUCCCUCGUCGCUCCCCUCCCCAAUCUCCCGGUCCGCGAUCGAUAUCCGGCUACGAGUCUCCACGGUCUGGACAGCAGACUCCGCGUGAACUCCGGGAGGAGAAGUGGCGCCAAGAGGCCGAGGUUGUUUCGCGUCCCACGAAGGUUGAGAUGCGAGAGGCAUACAAGGAGCUCAACGGGCGGAAAGCUCGCGGGAAGGGCAAGUUAGGCGGCAUGUCCGGCAUGCGAGACCGUGCAGGCUUCAGCGAUCCCAGCUUUGAAGAUUAG